UACCUCGGGUCAUAACAAACAUGUUUACGGGGGGUCGUUGGCGUGUGGAGCUGCCUUGGAGCUAAAUAUUAGCUCUUAAAAGCGGCAGGAGCGCGAUGCUCGUUGCGACAGAAACACAGGACUUCCACGUCCCCGACAGCUGCUGAAGAAGCAGAGGUGGGCAGGAUGGCGGCGGAGCAGAAGGUUGCCGGCAGGUCCGGAGUUGCGAUCUCCAUGGUGCAGCAGAUGCUGGCCUCUGGCACCGGGGCGGUCCUCGCAUCUUUAUGUGUCUUACCUCUGGACGUCGUGAAGGUUCGUCUGCAGACUCAACAAACGUUGUCCCACCAAGCUGUAGCCGGUGCCUCUGCUCCCUCACCCUGCGCCGUCCAUCCGUCCAAAUGGAAGUGUUUCGUUCACCGUAACAGACUCUUGAAUCACAUCUACGUCAGUCAGAACGCGACCAGCUGCACCAGGUGGUACAACACGCCAACGCAUUUCAGUGGGACACUGGAUGCUUUUGUGAAAAUCAUUCGACAUGAAGGACUCGCGUCUCUGUGGAGCGGGCUACCACCAACCCUUGUGAUGGCCGUACCUGCCACUGUCGUCUACUUCACCUGCUACGAUCAGCUGAAAGACCUCCUGACGUCCGGUCUGGGUCUCCAGGGCAGCCACACCCCUCUCCUCGCCGGUGCUACGGCAAGACUGACAGUAGCGACGGUGGUCUGUCCUCUGGAGUUGAUCAGGACUAAGAUGCAGUCGCGGCGUUUGUCCUACAGUGAGCUGCGGAUGGCGCUGCGCUCCGCUCUGGCCCAGGACGGCCCUCGGUGUCUGUGGAGAGGCUGGUCUGCCACCACGCUCCGAGAUGUUCCCUUCUCUGCUGUUUACUGGUUUAACUAUGAACUGGUGAAGGCUCAUUUAUGUGAACGGACAGGGGAACCUCAGGCCUCCUUCAGCAUCAGCUUCUUGGCAGGAGCCAUUUCUGGAUCUAUUGCCGCCUUCCUGACGAUGCCGUUUGACGUGGUGAAGACUCGGAGACAGAUCCAGCUGGGAGACGUGGACAUACGGGAAGUUUUCUCAAAGAAUACCACAGCGUUGUCCACGUGGCGCACGAUGAAGAAGAUCCGGGCAGAGUUGGGCUACAGAGGCCUGUUCGCAGGUCUCUUGCCCAGGGUGAUCAGGGUGGCGCCAGCCUGUGCGAUCAUGAUCAGCACAUAUGAGUUUGGGAAGAGUUUCUUCCAGGAGUGGAACAUGAAUCGAGAGCGCCCGGCACCCUGAAGGCUGCUCGUGCGACGCUGCAUGUUUCCCAGAUGCAUACAGGACACAUUUCUUUUCAGCUGCCUCGCAGCUGCCUCACACCAAAACACGUACUCAAAACAAUUUUAUUUUAAAAAUGUAGUUUAUUUAGGGGGUAAAUUUUAGUUUAUUUAGGGGGUAAAAUUUAAGUAAAUUAUGAAUGUAGGUUUUAUCAGUUUGCAUAUAUUUUUUAAAACAAUCAUGUUUCGUCACUUAAUAUACCUUAAACUUCAAACCUGGACACUGAGGGACUCACUGAGGACCAAGCCUAUCACCGCAUACAUUUUCCAAAUCGUGAUAAAUGUCAUGUUCAUUCCUGUUCAUUUUUUUUUUGCUCCUGACUGAAAGUUGAAGGAACCAGUGAACUGUGCCGUUAGCCAGAUAUUCUGCACAAUCUCCACAUGAAGUGUCAAAAAUGCUGUCGACCCCUUUCUUUAAAUGGGUUAUAAUGCGAUCGUAUUGCGAUAAUUAAUCAAUUAAUUAAUGUGAAUUCUGGCCACCAGCCUUACUGAGGUGUCCUUGAUAAUAUUUGUGCUUGAAGGGACCUGGAUCCCACAGACCUCCACAUGUGCAACCCAGGACUUUAGAGGGGCGGGACUGUGCUGAAGAACACAUUUUCCAGCUGUUUAAGCCGACUGUUAACACUUUCAUGAUGUCGUGCUUGUUUGGCGCUUCAACUUCUUUUUUAAUGCCACCUACUGGACUGAAGUUGUAGUGCACUUUCCUAUAAGACUCCUCCGCAUGUCAUCAGCCUGAUUUCUUUUAAAUACAUUUUCCUUAACUUUGAGGUGCGGUUGGAAACGCAAAACCACACAGAUUAGCAGGAAUUAUGUGUAGUUCUGAAGUUUUGAUAAUGACACUGAAGCCACUCGAGGGUGAGGUUUACUAAAGCUUGGUAUGGGACAUUUUUUUUGUUUUUACUACAUCCACACUGUUGCAUGCAUGCAAAGGGAAAUGUCGCCAUACCCGUGUUUUCCGCAUGGCCUGAUAUCACUUGCAUGACACGCAGCUGAGAGAAGAAGCUAGUCACCGUGCUACAAUCGCCGUAUCGACUUUAACCUGGAUGUUAAAGUUCCUGUAAAGUUCUUGAACGAAGAGUUUCUCCUUCAACACAGAAAAAUGUGCUAAUAACCACUUUGCCAAAUUUGAAUGAUUUUGGUGUCAGUUUAAUGACGUACUGUACACAAACCCUGUUUGUGCUGACUUUUGUUUCUUUAGUCUUUGUUUUUAACAUCGCGGUGUAGACACAGAAAGAUGAAUAAAUAAACUGCUGAUUAAAAAUCGCUCAGGGUUGAGUUAUGACAAUAAUGAAUCCACUGCGUCGCUGAGCCACAUUUUUAGACCAAGGAAGCGGUCUAAAAUAAUAAUUAUUAUAAUAAUAAUAAUAAUGUAAAAUGAGAAGAGGAGAAACUCCUGCGUUUGCUUUACAUGGACUUUUAACGCACAUGGAAGUAUGGAAUUCAGAUUUGUGUCGAAUAUUACAUUAGAAUACACAAAAUAAAAAUAGCGACAAAUUGUAAAAUGCAAUCAUUUUGAAUGAUUAAAGCGAUAUUUUGAUUUUGUGGUUUCAUUUUUAUUUUUGCUCGAUUCAAAAAGUGUUGUUUGAUAAUAAUUUGAUACAAAAACUAAUUCCACACACAGAGAAGAUUUGAAUAUUUCGAUCAUUUUAAAAGCACUUUACAUUUGCAACACAAGAGCUGACAAAACAAAAAUCACAAUAAACAAUUUUUUUGUUUUGUUUUAAACGUCCGUUGAAUGUUUUUCUCUGUUCUCGAAGGUGAAAGGUUUUUAGUGGUGCAUGGGUACAUUUUUAUAUUUAAACAUAUCAGAAGAAUAAAUGACUGCUGAAAAAAGACAUGAAUGAAAGCCACUGCAGCUAAAAGAUGUUCAUCUUCUCUCUGUUUUCCAUCAUUCUGUUCAAUGAAACAAAAAUGUUGCCGCCUGAAUUUAAAAGAUGUGCUUUGUUUUUUUUAUUAUGAAUGAAAUGGAGUAAAUAAAGAGGUAAAAGAGCUUGAA